GUCUUGGCCGGCGGGGCGCCCGGGCCGCCUCACUCGCGCAGCCGCGGCUCGGCGCGCUGGCCUGGCCGUGCGGGCCCUCGGCGCUCCGGCCUCGACCGUCGGAACGCACCCACAGCCCGGCCGCGCUGCCGGCCCCGGCGCCAUGGCUCAGAGCGGGGCCCCUGGGCUGCAGGAGGAGAACCUUCAGGGCUCCUGGGUAGAACUGCACUUCAGCAACAAUGGCAACGGGAACGGCGUCCCAGCCUCCGUUUCUAUUUAUAAUGGUGACCUGGAGAAAAUCCUGCUGGACGCCCAGCAUGAGUCCGGACGGAGUAGCUCCAAGAGCUCUCACUGUGACAGCCCGCCGCGCUCGCAGACACCGCAGGACACUACCAGAGCUUCUGAGACGGACACGCACAGCACCGGGGAGAAAACCAGCUCCCAGUCCGAGGAGGAUUUCAUUGAGAGAAGGAAAGAAGUGGAAAGCAUCUUAAAGAAAAACUCAGACUGGAUAUGGGACUGGUCAAGCCGGCCGGAGAACGUCCCCCCGAAGCAGCUCCUCUUCAGGCACCCGAGGCGCGCGGCCGCGCUGAGCAUGCGCAACACGAGCGUCAUGAGGAAGGGGGGCGUCUUCUCGGCGGACGUGCUCAAGGUCUUCCUGCCGUCGCUGCUGCUCUCUCACCUGCUGGCCAUCGGGCUGGGCAUCUACAUCGGCCGGCGUCUGACCACCUCCACCAGCACCUUCUGAGGACGUGGACGCGCACGUGCACGUGGACGUGGCCCUCGCUCACCCGGGGGUCGCUGCGGCUGCGCGGUUCCCUGAGUGCAAGAACGGACGCGGGCCGUGCGGGAACCGAUCAGUGCGCAUGUCAGGCUGAUGAGUACCGCCUGCACCGGUCUGGUUGCCAGUUUUCUUAGGAUAUUAGGUAGAAAUAUCUGGUAGGUAGUUCUAAUACUCAGCCAUGAUGUCCUAUAGCAUGAGAAGUGGAGCUGACACGUGAAUCCAGUCAACACGACGUGCAGACGAGGGAGUGAUGUGGAUGGGAAAUCAGCACAGCAAGGGGUCUGUCUAGAACAGAAUCGUGGCCUUACAUUCACACCGUUGUAGGAAAUGUGCUGCAUUUAAUGGAUAAGGUCGUCUACUGAAGACACUUGAUUAAGCUCAUUGUUGCUAAGUCAUGCUUAGACACGGGGUGGGGGCAGGUGCAGCCCCACCCCGUGCUCCGUCGGCCAGGCGCUGCUCCCUGGGCGCUGGGGUCGGCCGGGUGCCCUCGCUUCUCCUCCUGCACUGCUUUGUGCUUGACCCCGGUGUCCUUGUAAAGCAAAUCUGUCUACUUUUAAGAGACUGGAAAUAGAAAAAAAUAAAUGUUUGCCAAACCUUCA